AUGACCACUUCGGCCGCCGCAAUGGACGUCGCCACCCGCUUCCAGCCGCGAGGCCGAGCCCAGACCUAUCUGGAGCGGGAGCAACGCAACAACAGUGAUGCCUCUAGUACUGAAUCCGAGUCCUUGAUACGCCGCAAAUUCCAACGCACCAACGCCGCCGACGCCGACGCCUCCGAUGAUAUCUUCCGCAAGCCCUCCCUUCCAGCGUCUGCGGCGAGGGCGUCGAUAGACCAGCGCCCGAGUUUCACUCAUCGAAGGAGGAGCACCCUGCGAGAUAAUGCACGAGUCCCAAGCGGACCCCGGGACCUGCCCAGUCCUGCCAAAAGAGUGGCCAGCGGAAGCUCAUCUGCACGUGCGCCUUCUGCCAUGACUGACAAGACCAACAACGCUCACUCCUUCCUCGACCACACCCCUUCCGAGCCGUUCUACAGCAAGAGCAGCUUCGCCGACCCAUCUUCCAUCUCGAUACACGACGCAAGCUAUCCCGCGACUCCUGCCACCAGCAACUUCGACUUCAUGCCYACGGUGAACUUUGAUGACUUUCAGAACUCUAUUGCUAGUUAUGGUGGGAACUCGCCGCUCCUGAGCGACUUUCCUGACAUUCCCACGUUGGGCAGCGGGAGGGCAAUGCCAAAGGAAAACGGCAGCAGCGCAGGAGUACACUCGGAUAGGACGCCAGUGAAAACGAUCGAGCCGAGAGAGAGUCCUGGUUUAGGCAGAAGUGUAAGUCUUCGCAAGAGACUGACCGCUGCGCCGGGAGGAAAGCAAGGCCCGAGCCAAGCGGGUGGUGAAAAAAGGCCUGUGACCUCUCCACAAGCCACCAGCAGCUUGUCUCUGCGAGGAAAGCGCCAGAGUGCAGCUCCCCAAGGCCCUCCAAUGUACAAUCCGGCGCCUGCGCCGGUGGGAGCUGGUUCACGAGCGCCACGCAAGUCGCUGGGAUCAGGCGUGAUUGCAUCAAUGUUGGAAGGACGAAGGACGAGCCAGCCUGUUCCAACAGAGGCACCAUUCAAAUCCAAUUCAAGUCAAACGGGAAGUGCGAACAAGGCCUCCCGUCGCAUAACUAUGCAACCACCUGCUUCUGCCGGCGCAGAGCCUCGUGUACCCACAUUCACAGCAACGACGCAGUCUCGGGCGAACAAAGUGAAGAGUCUGCAGGCCCCACCGAGGGAAACUGAACCUGCGUCUCCCGGCGGACGCUCUGUUUCGAAGGGAACGCAAAAUCGUUCUCAAACACCGUCAUCAUCGGGUAGUAAGCGACAAUCGACAGCCUCUGGCAGGGCGUCUGGGUUGGGAGCUCGUACGAUAAGUCCAACGGACGCUCGUCGAUUAAAGCGACUUUCGAUGAUGCAAGCACCUCCAAUGCCAACAAACCUGGCUCUUUCGAAGGACCAUCCCCUGCCGGAGCGUCCCAUUCCUCACGAGGACUUUCUACCAUUAAAGCUGGAGUUGCCCCGAUUCACACAGGCAAGCCCGAGUCUAAUUCCCAGAAAAUCGAGCAGCGCCACUCCCACGUCAGCUCGAGCUUCACCCGAAAUACGCGGAAACUACGCUGCAGCUCCCACCCUCAGCACGAAAUCUAGUUUUUCGUCUCUCCUCAAUCUGAAUGGAUCUACGUCCCGACUACCAACCCCAAAGACCAGGAAUGUUCAUUCAAGCUCUGCACAAUAUGGAGAGGAUGAAGAAAUUGUACCGCCCGUCCCAGCAAUCCCCAAGGCCUUUGAGAGCCCAAGAGAGAGCGACCAGGUCUUUUUCGCGAACAUGCCCAAGGAUAACGACCGCGAGGCAGCUUCUGCGGCGAAAUCAUCCAAGCCGAAUAGAGAGGGCAGCAUCCAAAAUCGACGAAAGCCAUCCUCGGACAGCACGCGCGCACAUCAGCGCACAAACACGUUUGACAACAUUGACAGGACCAUAACUGCGCAGAAGCCGGCAAGGCAUCAACCUCAGCAACAGCAGUUCGACAACAAUGGGCGCAAGAACAACAACCUCCAACCGCUUCGUUUGCCCCCUUUGAACUUGAUGCCUAUCAAUCCGACCAAAUCGUCCGGGUACCAAAGGUCAAGUCAAGACGGCCAAAGGCCAGACGAUUUUACAUUCUCCUCGACGCCCGAGCCAAAACGAGUUGCGAAGACGCCGUCGACUCCCAUGACUGCAAGCAAGGCCACGGUCUACCGACGCCAGGAUGAAGAUGCGACAAAGUCAAAUGCAAUUCGCAGCGCCUCUUCUCACUUUGCAUUGAGGGACAUGAUGCAAAAAGAUGAUAGUGCGUCUCGCUUCUUUGACGACACCGACCUGGACCUGAACGCGAUGGGCCUGCCGGUCCCUACCGCCCGACAACGCAAUGCAAUCACUCCUUUCUCUUCCGGAUCACUACCCAAGGCCUCUGGCGAGUUCAUCAGACAGCGGGUAAGAGCGUCCGGAGACGAUGACGAAUACAGCGUCGGACGAUUCGAAGGGUAUCAAUUGCAGGGCGGGAAGAUUCAGGGUCCUAGGCCGAGCCGAAGUGGCACGAAUGCAUCAGUGAAGACGUCCGAAACCCAGACCUCGCUUGAGAGCCUUGCUCCAGACUCUGCUCAGACGAAUGGGAAGAAGGAUCACAGCGGCAGCGCAAUCAGGAGAAAACUUUCCAUGGGCUGGCACCGUGCAAGUAGCAAGGCGACGAACGGCUUCUCAGACCCCAAAUCAAGUCCGCUACAAGACGAGUCCGCGUCUGCGUCUGAGCAGGAGAAGGCUGAGAAGCAGAAAAAACGAGCAAGCGAGAUGCCGCCUCCAAAACUACCAGCAAGCGCGACAUGGUCGGMAGAAGUGCCCUCUCUACCAUCUACAAACAGUGCCAGGGCGAGCCUCGACUCUGCACGUGGUAAGGUAGCCGCAUCGCAGGAUAUCAAGACGUCUCCCGUGAAGCGCAGUGUUGAUGCCGAACGCACCACCCCCGCUGCAAAGACAAAGAGCAUGCACACUGAGCAGCCUCAACCGGUCAAUGCUGCUAAUCGGGCGACCAGCUGGGGUCAGAUUGGAACCGUAACGAAAGCUACGACCAAAGCUGCCCCGGUCAAACCUCGCCACGCUUCGAGCACGUCGAGCUUUGCGCCCAUGGUCAAGGAUAARGAUGAUCUUGCGGCUGACGAGGAGAUGCGGCGGCUUUCCCAGAAACGGCGCGAUGUCGACUCAGCUGCCAAGGAGAGCGAGGAACUGAAGCGUCGUGCAGUUGCUCGUCCCGCAAUGACUCCGGAAAGUGUCUUGCACGAUCGCAAUUGCUCGCUGAACAUCUUCGAACGUGGAGAGAUCAUGGACUAUGGCAAAGAAGGCGUCUACUUCACUGGCAACAAGAAUGCGCGAAAGAUCAUUGGCUCUCUCAAUCCAUCGCCACAGCCGUCGUCUGGCGACAAGGAGAAGGCUGGCAACUACGGAUACGACGAUGAGCGUGGCGACUACAAUAUCGUCAUGGGUGAUCACCUAGCCUACCGGUACGARGUCGUGGACCUUCUAGGCAAGGGCAGUUUCGGACAAGUCGUGCGAUGCGUCGACCAUAAAGAGGGAGGCGUUGUCGCUGUCAAGAUCAUCCGCAACAAGAAACGAUUCCAUCAGCAGGCACUGGUAGAGGUCGGCAUACUGGGCCGUCUUAGGGAUUGGGAUCCUGAUGGGACGCAAGCGACGCUCUCCAUCACUUCGUCCUUUUACUUCCGAUCGCACUUGUGCAUUGUCACGCCAUGCCUCAGCAUCAACCUGUACGAACUGAUCCGAUCUCACAACUUUACCGGCUUCUCUCUGCCACUUAUCCGUCGCUUUUCCCGUCAGCUUCUGGCUUGUCUCGUGCUCCUGCAGAACAAGCGCAUCAUCCACUGCGAUCUCAAGCCCGAGAACAUCCUCCUCUGUGAGGCUCGCAAGGCUGAUGUUCGGGUGAUUGACUUUGGAAGUAGUUGCAAGGAGGRGGAAAAGGUGUAUACCUAUAUCCAAUCUCGGUUCUACCGCAGUCCGGAGGUCAUUCUCGGUAGCAGCUAUGGGUUGGGGAUCGACAUGUGGUCACUUGGUUGUAUCUUGGCCGAGCUGUGGACCGGUUACCCGAUAUUCCCCGGAGAAAAUGAGCAGGAGCAGCUAGCCUGCAUCAUGGAGAUUUUUGGACCACCUGACCGUCAUCUCGUGGAGCGUUGCACGAGGAAGAAGCUUUUCUUCGACUCGGUCGGCAAGCCUCGAGUUACUGUCAGCAGUAAAGGACGAAGACGCAGACCCAGCUCRAAGACGUUAUCCCAAGCCCUCWAAACCGAUGACGAGGCGUUCCUCGACUUCAUCUCCCGCUGUUUGAGAUGGGAUCCGGAGCGGAGGCUGAAGCCUCACGAAGCCAUCCACCACGCCUUCAUCACGAAUCAGCCCCUGAAUCAACGGCAGGGUAUCCCCGACGAAGCACGACGUGCAGCACGAGUACGCGCCGCCGCCGCCGUUCCCACAUCUACCGGCAAUACCAUUGCCAGCCCGGCAAAGCGCAGCCACACCAACGCCGGCUCCAUGUCGCAUACCAUGACCCCUGGCGGAGCAAGCACAUUCAUAAGCCAACAAGCCACGCCGGCGAAAGAACGUCAGAGACCGCUGCCAGAGACGCCCCAGACUGCGAUUCGUAACGGUAGCGGUGUCACGCAGAGUUCCCCGGUGAAGCAGCCGUUGGUAUCGGGACCUCGAAGACAGAGCUCCGUCGUUUCUGCCGGCGCUUCGAAUGUCAAAAGAAGUAGCGCGGGUCUAACCAUCGGAAUGCAGAGGCAGGGGAGUGGGAUUGGGAACCUGAGUGGGAAUCCCAGCUUGGCACAACAAGCCGCCAGAGAGGCUAGUGCGGCGCGAUGGAGGGGAUGA